AUGGCUGGUCCGCGAGCACCUUUGACACCUGAUCAAGGCGCUAUAAACUCUGAUAUUUCUUGCCUUGGACGAAGAAACUGUGCCAAAUGGAGAAUUAUGGAAAUUGAAACAAAUAAUUAG